AUGGCAAAGCCGAAGUGGCAGCCUGGGGAGGAAAAUAUCCCAAAGGAGCUGCGUUCUCACAACGGCUCUGGCUUGCAAGAAGUACCGGAUUCGGGCAAGAGAGAGUCUGUUCGCGAGCGCGUGAUCGGCGAUGUUGAGCUGCACAGCAGUGCUGCGAGUGCCAAGAGACGCAAAGAAGAAGUUGAUGAUCUUCUGAAGACAAAAGCGCACCGUGGUGGACAGGGCUGGGAUGCGUAUACUGCGCCGCACGUCAGUACCGAUGGUGAUGAGUCGGAUUUCGAGGCAGCGAUCAGUGAUAAAGCGACCUCUACGCCAGACGAAGAGCUUCCACACUUUGUCACUCCAUUUGUGAUAGCUCAGGACACAGCGACCGAGACGACGGAUCAUACAGGACCUUUUCACGAUGAGAUCAAAAAAGUACUCAAGCUCCUGGAGGACUACCAUUCGGUGUUGCUCCUGGUACUCAGUACAUUGGCAAGCGGAGUUUAUGGACCUGGUUGUGUGCUUCGCGAUGCUACCAUCGAGAUCGUCCCAUACAACAUCGAAGAUAAGUACUGCGAUGUGCUGGAUGAGAUAUUCGAAGACCAGCUUCGGAAGCCGAUGCUUGAAGCAGUCCUCAAGCAGCCAUGCAUCGCGCUGCCGAAGUUGAAGACAGCCUCGACAUUGUUUGCGACCAUCUGA